AACGCCCACCUCUUAUGUCAGUCUUCCAAAGUGGACGUUUGCUGUCUGUUUACUGCUGGACUAAUAACGCGGUAUUAGGUGAUCCUGGGAUUUCUGCAGUGGACAUGAAGACACUGUGUAGAGUAACCCUCAGCUAGGACUCAUUCAGACUGCUGCUUUGCAGGAGCGAUGCUCUCUCACUGACAUCACCAUUACUAACUGUCCAUCAUGAACAGCGAAGAGGAGUUUUAUGAUGCAGAGACAGGUUUGGAAUCAGAUGACUCUUGUGAAGUCAGCUUUAAAGAUGCCCCUGGUUUUGAGAGCAAACAGGCAUCUAAUGGCUGCGUGCGAUCUGAGAAUGGAGUCUGGGAACGGAGGACAACGCUCCCUGCUCCCAUGUUCUCCAGACAUGACUUCAGUAUUUGGGGCUUCCUGAAGAAAUGCAUUGGCAUGGAACUGUCCAAGAUAACUAUGCCUGUGGUUUUUAAUGAGCCGCUGAGCUUUCUUCAGAGAAUUACAGAAUAUAUGGAACACGCAUACCUCAUUCAUAAAGCUUGCACAUACUCUGAUUCUAUAGAACGUAUGCAGCUCAUUGCUGCAUUUGCUGUGUCUGCUGUGGCAUCACAGUGGGACAGAACUGGAAAACCUUUUAAUCCUUUACUGGGAGAAACCUAUGAGCUCAUAAGGGAAGAUGAGGGAUACCGGUUGAUCUCAGAGCAGGUUAGCCACCAUCCCCCAAUUAGUGCUUUUCAAACUGAAUCACUCAGCCAGGACUUUCAGUUCCAUGGCUCGAUCUAUCCCAAACUAAAAUUCUGGGGCAAAAGCGUAGAAGCGGAACCCAAAGGAACUAUGACACUAGAGCUGUCCAAGCACAAAGAGGCAUACACUUGGACAAACCCUAUGUGCUGUGUGCACAAUGUCAUCAUCGGCAAAUUGUGGAUUGAACAGUAUGGGACAGUAGAGAUCAUCAACCACAGCACUGGGGACAAGUGUGUACUCAAUUUUAAGCCUUGCGGAAUGUUUGGCAAAGAACUGCAUCGGGUGGAAGGUUAUGUCCAGGACAAGAGUAAGAAGAAGCGGCGCAUUAUCUAUGGAAAGUGGACAGAGUGCCUGUACACCAUAGAUCCAAAGGUCUAUGAAGCAAACAAGAAGGCAGAAAAGAAGAGUGGGGAUUCUAAGAAACACAAGCAGGAAGUGAAUACUGGUAGUGGUACUGAUGAUGCUGACGAAAUGCCAAAUGUUCAGGAGACCGUCGCUAUGAUCCCCGGCAGUACAUUACUGUGGAGGAUAACCCCGAGACCUGCACACUCAGCUCAGAUGUAUAAUUUCACCAGCUUUGCCAUGAUGCUCAAUGAACUGGCUCCUGGCAUGGAGGGAGUCAUCGCACCUACAGACUGCCGCCUUCGACCAGACAUUAGAGCAAUGGAAAAUGGAGACAUAGACACUGCUAGUCAGGAGAAGGAGAGGCUGGAGGAGAAGCAGAGAGCUGCACGUCGAGAACGUGCUAAAGACGAGGAGGAAUGGUCCACCAGAUGGUUCCAGCAGGGCACAAAUCCUUUUACAGGAACCUCAGACUGGAUCUACACAGGUGGCUACUUUGACAGGAAGUACUCUGACCUCCCUGAUAUCUACUGAUUGGCUGGGAAAAGAGCAAGUGGUUUGGUAUACCUCUGGUCUCUCCAUCACCUGGUCCUUAUCAUUUAUCUACUCACAAAAAGCCUUUAUUUUUUAUUUUUAUUUUAUUUUUAAGUUAUCAGAAUGUGAGACAUGGAUGAAUGGUUUACUGAACUGAGUAACAAAGUCUGUCCUUCCUACAUUACAACCAAAACUUUAUACUGGAAAUCCGAAACCUGUAACUCCGUAUGACUGAAUUAAUUUAAUUUUUUGAAAUGUAGGAAAUGCAGUAUUUUUUUUUUUCCAUGUAACUUACUUUUAUGGUAAAACAGUGGGUAAGUCUGAGUACAUUUAUAGUGAAUAAUGCACAGAUUGUUGCCCACCUUAUCAUAUAUCAUGUUUGAUAUACUCAGGUGUUUUAUGGGUACAUGAUAUUAACGGCAGUACUGCAUUAACAGCAAUGGAGAUUUCUGAGACUCUUUUAGCUAUUUAUGAUCAACCUAAUGUAAGUAUUUUAUCAUUUACUAUGAUAGCAAAUACCUUGUCCAGAAAUGUGACUUCUGUAAGUGUAAGCAACACUUUGGGAUUUCCAGUAAAACAAUUAUUGCAUUUAGAAUUUAUUCAGUAGAUGAGUGUUUAAUAACUCAAUAAGUCCCAUUAAGAUCUUUCAGCCAGAAUGUCGGUUUGACUCCACUGAUGCACAGGAGUUUGUUAAAAGUUGUAUGCUCAUUCCUCACAUGCAUGCUUUAUAACUAGUCAAAUAUAAAAGCUGCUUAUUGACCAUGUUUACUUUAUAAAUGAAGAGUUUUUAAUGGGAUAGAAACUAAUUAGCACCUUUCAACAGCACAAAAGUCUAGUGUAUCCUUGUAUUGAGAUUUUAAGUUGAUUAUGGUUGCCAAAGUGACUCUCCUUUUGUGGAAACUAAAGCCAUAAAACUCAUCAGGACUGCAUGUGUGUGUGUUUAGACAGUCUCGCACACUAAUGCACAUUGUCAUUUAAAGGAAAUGGGUGCUAUAUGUAUGUUUUCAGCACUAGUUACUAAAGAAUGUUUCACCUUAACAUACAAUUAAAAUGUAUAAUGUACUCAAAUGCUGCUUGGUAGAGCCUGAACAAAACAUUUUUAUUACUUAUAUGUAUGUGUGCUCGUGGGGGGGGAAGGUAAAUGGGAAUGGUGCACCAUCACAAGGUGUUUCAAAUGAUCUCUCCGAUGAUGCUGACUUUAUCUCAUACUGUGCAUCUCUCCUUCUUCUACUCUCUUACACACACAUGCACACAGAUUAAAUAAUCUAUGCAAAUAUUCAUCAGAAUGUAAAUUGUAUCUUCAGAAGAUGUAUCGUGAUAUCCUUUUACAACUGUAUUGAGAAUGUUUGUUUGGUAUAUUCCACUGGAGUCCAACUUUGCAAACAAAGGGCUGGUGUUUUUGCCCCAUCCAAUGACUCUGUAUGUACAGUCUUGGUUCCAACCAGCUCAUCACACAUGGUCACUUUUUUUGUUGUAUCCUACACUGGCCCUUUUGUAAAGACUGAACUCCAUUGAGUGUUUGCUUAGAUUUGUAAACAGUUUUUGGCUGUUUUUUGCAACAUUUUGCCUUUCACUGAUUGAUUUGUUCUGUUAGAUUCAACGCCAUUUGACCUGAACAGUUAGUUGGUCACCAAAGGGUGUACGUGUAGCAAUUUGUACAUGCUCCAUAUAAUUACAAUAUAAACCCGUACCUACAUGGGAGAAGUAGGUCAUUCAGUGUAUUAUGACAGGGUUCAAAAUGAACCAUUUGUAUUCCAUUAUAUUAUUGUACUUUACUGUAAUUUAAGUGACAGUUAAAUGAUUCUAUCUAAUUGGUAUAGAAUUAUAUUUAUAUAACAUUCUUAUCAACCUUAAAGUAAGUCAUAAAGGCCACUGUUAUAAUGUGAAAUUCAGAAAGUGUUAUGUGAAAUUUAGAAAGUUAAUGUUCAGAUGAACAUGUGCCAGGUCCCACAGUGUGCAGCUACGUGAAGCAAGCAUUGUUGAUGCGAUAAGUGAAGCAGCUGGAAGCAUGCUAUUAAUAAUCAACACUGUAUGCGUGAAUAUAGUAGUUGUUUUAUGGAUUAUUAACAUGCGUGGAUUCCACUACAUCAAACAGACCACACCAAAUCUAGGCUUUAAAUAGUUGCACUUAAUUUAACAUUUCUUAUAUUUUGUAUAGAUCAUAUUGUCAAUUGUGACACUUAUAUUGUCUAACAUGAUGUAAAUCUGGACUUUCAAAAAUUAGCAGUAUCAAAUGUAAAACUGCACAAACAAAUAAAUUCCAGUGAACACAA